AUGCACAUCGAUGCGUACAUCGCGUUGGGAUCAAACCUUGGAGAUCGUCAAGCAACGAUCGACAGCGCCAUCGCCGCGAUCGAGCGUCUCGCGACAACCAAGAUCAUCAAGGUCUCCUCGAUCAUCGAGACGCCUCCUUUCGGAGACAUUGAGCAAGGUCCAUAUCUGAAUGGCAUCGUGCAUGUCCAGACCCAACUCGAUGCUCGAUCUUUACUUGACGAGAUGCUCCGCAUCGAAUCCGAGCACGGCAGAGAUCGUUCGAACGAACAACGGUGGGGGCCUCGGACAUUGGAUUUGGAUUUGAUCGUGUUCGGCGAUCAGGUCAUCGAUGAGCCGGGUCUGCAGAUCCCGCAUACACGCAUGCAUGAACGAGCAUUCGUGCUUGUCCCUCUCACAGAGAUCGCGCCGGAUAUCAACAUCCCCAACCAAAACAAAACACCCCGUCAGAUGCUCGAAGCACUCGACGGGGCGUCGUAA